UGCCUACCAGUGCACAGCAAUGCCACCUAUCAGUGCCAGUCAGUGCUGCCUAUCAGUGCCACCUAUCAGUGCCAUCAGUGCCUCCUCAUCAGUGCCCAUCAGUGCCACCUAUCAGUGUCCAUCAGUGCAGCCUAUCAGUGCCCAUCACUGCAGCCUCAUUAGUGCACAUCAGUGAAGGAGAAAAAUCACUUAUUUACAAAAUUUUAUAACA